AUGAGCAACCUUUAUAGAAAAGUUUCCAAUCAUAAAAGUAAAACUACGAACCAUAAUGCUUCUAGCAAUAGUAAUACUAUGCCUAAUAAUAUAUCUCAUAAACAAGAAGUGGAGAGGAUGUCGCCAAUAGGCACAGAUGAGAUGGCGUCCGAUGAAUGGAAUAAUGACCGGUUGGACGAUGGUCGGUCUGGUUUCUUUGAUAAUUUAGAGGUCGAUGAUAUAAGAAAUGAAAAUGACAAUGAGGAUAACAGCAAUGGUAUAAGAGUCAUUUUUUUAUAUCUAGUUUAUUACCACCGUCUGAGAGUGUUCCCCAAAGUGAUAGAAUCGAGCAAGAAAAUGAGCAUAUCGAAAACCACCCACAUGAUAGUGAGAUUCGUAACACAGAAAAUGAAGAAGAUAGGGAUGAAGAUAACAUCGAUUAAUAGCAUGUUCAUUUGUAUAGUUAUACAUACGUAUAUAUGCAUGUAUGUCGCAGGAGUUAUUUAG